CUGAUCUGAUCCGACGAUUUCUCACCUAUCAUGCUGAAAUCGGUACGCGGAAUCGAGGGAAUCGCUUGUGUAGCGGCUAUGUGAAUGAUCGAUAUGAUAUGUAAAGUAGAUUCCGGCGCGAUUGCGACAAAGAAGAACCCUAGGGAGCUCGUUUUCACCAAAUUAGAGUUAUCUCCCGUCGUUCUGGAGUCGCCAGUCAGAGAACUUGCUCUUUUUCCUCCGAUUUCUCGGGAGCCUUUAGCAACUCCAGGAACAAAGGAUAAAACAGAUCAGGAAGGCAUUACUUGGAGGAAGCACAAAGGAUGUCGCUGCCGGCAGUCCAAAUGUUUAAAAUUGUACUGUGACUGCUUUGCAUCAGGAGUGUUAUGUAACGACUGUGAUUGUGGAGAUUGUCAUAACAACUCUAAGAACUGUGAUCUCAGAGAAGCAGCUGUGAUGAGUGUGCUAGAUCGCAAACCAAAUGCAUUCAGUGAAAAGCAUUUCAGCAGCAAAAUUGACAAGCAGUAUAAGGCUGCACCUGAUACUAAACUUGGAGUGCUUUCGAGAGGCUGCAAAUGUAAAAGAACCAAAUGCUUGAAGAAGUAUUGUGAAUGCUUUCAGGCAAACCUUCUGUGCUCAGACAACUGUAAGUGCAUCAACUGCAAGAAUGUUAGUGAAGAGAUCCAGCCUUCUGUUUUUGCCUGGACAUUCAACAACAGGAAUCUCUCUGAAAGUUAUGAGAAGCCCGAUAACAAUUACCAUGUAAACGAUCUAGGAAUCAUUUCUACUAACAGAGACAAUAUCGGCUUCAACAGCCACAAUACUGCUGGUCGUAUGAAUUAUGCUCCUGGAUUUUCUGCUCAUAAUUCCCUACAGGUAUACCGGAGGAGAAGAUACCAAGAGGUACCUGAGCAGCGGAAUUCUUGUCCAGCUCCUUUAAGUUCGAUACCUGACAAUUUCAUUCUAAAUUCUCUGGGUUCCCCUAUGUAUAGCUCUCCUAAACUCCCUUACAGAAAGAAAAGGUCGCGGUUGGGAUAUACUACCACAACACGUCUUCCAGACUUUGGAGAUAUACGCUCACUUCUCUUAGCAGCAUCUGAAUCUGCUAUAGCCAAUCAAUCAGACCAGAACAGGAUAUGCAAAAAGCCUGAUGAUAAGGAAGAUAUCAAUGACAAUGAGCUAUCGAAUGAGUCUGAGAGCAGUAAUGUGGAAGAUGAUAUACAAUCCUGUGGAAGAUUGAUCGAACUGAUAGAUGCUCAAUACAACGGAGAAGAGGAUUCCCACUAUAAGACCAAGAAAAGUGGGCAUGAUACAGAUAUAUACAUGGAGCAGGAAAGGGCAGUGCUUGAAACUUUCAGAGACUGUCUCCACAAGUACAUCAAGAUUAAAUUCAUAAAAGGUACUAAUUCCAUCUCAUUUGAUAAUCUCUGCUAUAAAUCAACGAUCACUCUUCAUUCUCUCCAUCGUCAGAGCCUAAUUACUACCGCUUUUAGUUGCUAA